AUGAGCGUCGGCGGUAUCUUUCCAGACGUGGUCGGGCUGUCGUACCGAUGUGGCUCCAAUGAGGGCAUCACCACCGACAGCUUCACAUACCAGUACGAGCCCGGUACCAACGUCACCUUUUCUAUUGGCGAUCUUGUGCUUGGGGAGUCUCGCGGCAAGCCCCAUACCACCGUAUCUGACCUUGUACCGGUUGACACCGCGACAUUCGAUCCCAAGGUGAUAAACAGGGCGAGAUUCCUGUUUAGUCUUUCCGCUGGUCAGGGUUUCGAAGCCCCAAUCACCAUUGACAAUCAUGUACGAUAUGUGGUUGGUAAAUAUGCCUCCCAGAUCAACCUGGAUUCCAGUGAUACGUCCGAUCUAGAUGGCGUGCUCUCUUCCAUCUGUAGCGAACUUGGCAUUGCGCCCAAGACGGUGUCACAUACGCGAAAUCACUUACGAAGGGCUGCAUCUGGCUUAAAGGUGCUGCGAGAUCUGCCCAUCCCAACACGCAAUAACGGGGGGGGGGGGGGCUGGCAAUGAUGUCUCGAGUUCUG